AUGUCGUUUGAAUUUGCUUGGGACAAACUCGAUGACGAAGUAGCACUUCAGAUCGAGAGCAUGAUCCAUGCUCACUUUCAGCGCAUCGCGAAACCAACAUUUCUAGGGAAUAUUGCCGUCUCGAAAUUCCGUUUCGGAGACACACCACCCAGUGUUACGGUUCUGGAUGUGACGGAUCCGCUCGAAGAGUGGUAUGUUCAUAUGGAUCAGGAGGAAGCUCGACUAGCACAAGAGGCAGCAGAGGCAGGAGGAGGCGAGAGUAUGGAUGAAGAUGAACUCGCCAGUGGCGAUGAAUAUGAUGAUGAAUAUCCUUAUUCGCCGGAUGGAAGCCAGCAUCAUGACAACUCUAUUUAUAUGUCACCGAUAGAAUCAUACAGUUUUGAUGCAUUUCCAUUGCAGCCCAAGACUAAUGACAUUCAACUACUCCUCUCGGUGCAAUAUCAAGGGUCAAUGGGAUUUACAAUCGAAACAGAAUUAUUGCUCAAUUAUCCAACGUUUUCAUUCUUGGCGCUGCCAGUGAAGCUUGUUAUCACGGGAUUCUCGUUCAAAGCCAAGGUGUUGAUGGCAUAUCUGCGUGAUCACGUCAAUGUUUGUUUCCUGGAACCCGAGGAUCCUAAUGAGAGUAUCCUAUCAAGUGUUCGAAUUGAAUCCCAGGUUGGCGAUGAGCAAAAGCAAGCUGUAUUGAAAAACGUGGGAAAGGUUGAACGCUUUGUCUUAGAACAGCUUCGUAAGUUCAUCACCGAGGAUUUUGUCUACCCCAGCUAUCAUUCAAUUGAGCUUGUGCGC